UCAAGCACAAACACAAGCUUGAGAACGCCGGGGCACAAACCACGCAGGAAACUGUUACGACUGAUUCGAUAAAUCCAAAGAAAGUUUAAGACUUGUGGUGUCUUAGAAGAGGCCUUUUACACCCCGUUAUGGCAAAGUUCCAUGGACCAAGGUUUUUAUUCCUGAUCCUGGCAGGAUUAGUGUUAUGUACUGCAGAUGACAAAAAUGGACCAGAGACAUCCCCCAAGUGCAACUACACCCUCGAAGAAGAAAACGAUACUGUGACAGUGAAAAUUGACAAGAAUGACUCAGCAGUCAAAUACAAGAUUAAAUUCACAGACACAUCAGAUGGAAGCUCUACAGAAGAGUCUUUCCCAAUGUCACUUAAAUCAUUUAAGCCUUGCCAAAAUUACACUGUCACUCUUACUCCUUCCUGUAACCCCACGACUGGAUUUUUUAAAACAAGAGAAUUAGUUGACUCAGAUGUAAACCACACGUUGAAGAUAACUGGAGCAAAAGUACAAGUGUGUUUUGAGACCAAAUGGGAUUUGAACAAAUGUAUUGAUCUCAAUACCAGUAUCUCCUGCACUGGCUAUAGCGUGACUUUUAACGGAGAUCCCUGCAAGAAAUCUAUCCCUUUCACACUUCCCCCAGUAAAGCCUGUUAUUAGUUAUACAAACGAGUUCCCUACGAAAUUACGUUGGGACAAUCAGCCUUCAAACUGCCUAAAAGACCUCACAUACAACUGCAAUGGUUUGGCAGUUGCAGAUUUUAAAGAUUUGAAAACUAUUCAUAAUCAUAUCUGCACUGGGACAUAUGAUUAUGGGAAUGGAACAGUUACAAGUGAUCCCAUCCCAGUUAAGAUUGAUUGUGAUAUAGUGAAUGAGCCCAGUCUCUCUGUAAGUCAUAAUAGCAUUCAUGCAUCCUGGCAAUUGGAUAGCGAGAAGUGUCCAUCGAUUACCACAGACUUCACCUGGAAAGUAACGUGUAAAAAUGGUUCCACCAGCUCUUUAAAAGGGCACUGUACCAAGAACCCCUGUGAAUUUUCUAAUUUGGAAUUUUUUACUGAAUAUACUUGUGAGUUUGAAGCAUCUUAUGAAAACAAACCAUUUAACACCACUACCAAAACUACAAAAACCUGGCCUGGACAACCGUCUUACACAAAAAGUCCAACAACAAAAGAUGAAAGCCAUAAUGCUUUCAAAGUGAGCUGGUCAAUCAACCGUUGGAAUGGAAUUCCGGGAAAGAUCUUCGCAGAGCUCUACAUUAAUGAUCAUCUGGAAGACAAUAAAACAGACUGCAAUGGAAUGAGUUGUGAUUUUCAUUUCACAAACCUCUACUACUCAACACAAUAUAAAAUUAAGGUGUAUGCCCAAAAUGGUAAUGGGAACAGAACAGUUAUCCUUGAUGUGGAUCAUUCCACUAAAUACAAUGACAAAGCCCUUAUUGGAUUCCUGGCCUUUCUCAUUGUUCCUACAUCUGUUGCAGUGCUGUUUGUCCUCUACAAAAUCUAUCUUUUAAAGAGAGAGAAGUCAAGGUGAUGACGGACAAUGCCAGCUCCAGAGCCUAUGGGUUUGUGUCCUACUCAUCUCAGGAGGCCGCUGGAUUUUAAAUAGCAUAUUUUAAAAUGUACAGUUACAGUUACUGUGUAGGUUUACUCAAGCACUGUAAUUUUUCAUGUUUAUGACUUAAUAUGAUACGUUUGACAUGUUUAUGACUUAAUAUGAUAUGUUUCACUUGUUUAUGACUUAAUAUGAUCUGUUUCACAUGUUUAUGAUGUAACAUGACAUGUUUCCCAUGUCUGUACAUGUACCUGUAGCUUGCUACCUUUUACUCCUGGUAAUAAUUUAACUUUGUUUUUUUUUUUUUAACUUUGUCUUCACCUGAGAUUAUAUGUUUGUUUAUCAUAGUUGGUGAGGAACACACAAUUGUUAUUUAGACCCUGAAUAAAACAACAACAACAACAACAACAACAACAACAACAACAACAACAUAGUAUUAAAGGAGGGUGUACAGUACUUUCUAUAGUUUGUGAGAUGUCUGAUGGGUUUUCUGAAGGUCCCUCACAAAUACCUGCACUAUUUUCUCAAGGAGUGGAGUAGUGCUGGUAAACAACAUAUCAUUUCAUUUUCUUAAUGUAAGCUGUAUACAUUUUGUGUCCUAUUAAUGUUAAUACUCCUUAUAUGGCAUGUGACAAAAAACAACAACAGAAAAAACAAAACGAAACAACUUGAAUUCAAAUGCAAAUACAGUUUUACAUUAAAAUAUAGCAAAGAAGUAAUUCACUGUCACACAACAUGGCUUGUUAGUAUCGCAAAGCAGAAAAUGAAUAUACA